UCAUCAACCUGACUACAGAGAGAGACCAGUUACAGACCAGUUACACCAGCCUAACUACAGAGAGAGACCAGUUAAAGACCAAUAAUGACAAUAUGAAGAAUGAGAUGGGCCAAUUACGGAGGGAAAAGGAAACACUUCAGAAGAAACUGUCAGAAUUAGAGCAGGGACGGUGGAGUUUCCAAAACGGUUUGUAUUACAUCUCUACUGAGAAGAAGAGCUGGAGUGCGAGCAGACAGUUCUGCAGAGAGAGAGGAGCAGACCUGGUGAUCAUAAACAGCAGAGAAGAACAGGAGUUCAUCAGUAAAGCAUUUGGCAGCACUGCAGCUUGGAUUGGUCUGACAGACAGCCACACAGAGGGGGACUGGAAAUGGGUGGACAACUCAGCUUUAACCACUGAGUUCUGGUUUAAGGGGGAACCUAAUGAUUAUGAAGGAAAAGAGGACUGUGCUGUAUCUGGCUAUAAAGGCGCCGGAUCUGAACGUGUAUCAACCUGGGCUGAUUAUCCCUGUUAUCACCAUGAAAUUAUAUUUGUAGGUAUCUGUGAGAAAAGUUUGUAAUUUAACUUAGAUGAACAGCAAAAUGCAUGUAUAAAAUAUUGGAAUUUUAUGUUGUAUAUUUCACACUGCAAGCAUGUUUGUACAUACAUACAUACACACACACACAC